GGAGUCCAAACUGCCCCUUUGAUCCCGGGCGCACCCCGUCACCGCACCACAGGCUCUGCCCCUCUUCUCUUUUCCUGCAGGCGGCAGGCCAGCACAUGACGACGGGGCCUUGGCGCCGUGGCGGCCGCGCCACGACCAACCUCGCGCUCCUCCUGCUGCUCGCGUGCGUCACCGUCGCCGUCCGCUCCAUCCCGGCCGCGCUCGCCCAGGCCACGGUAUCCACCAGCACCGUCGCCGGCGUGGACUUCACCACCUUCUCCUUCCCCGGGUUCGACAAGAACCCCACCGACCUGACGCUGUGGGGCAACGCCAGCGUCAACCAGAACGCGCUGCAGAUCACCCCCGACACAGGCAACAACGCCAAUAGCUUCCUCGUCGACCAGGCAGGCCGCGCAUUCUACGCCACGCCGUUCACGCUCUGGGCCGCCAACGCGUCCAGCUCCAACUCCAGCGCCCCCGGCGGCCGGCGCGUCGCGUCCUUCUCCACGGUGUUCAAGGCCAACCUCUACCGCCAGAACCAGGCCGUCAAGGGCGAGGGGCUGGCGUUCGUCGUCGCGUCGGGCAACGGUGGCCAGCCCCCCGGCAGCUACGGCGGGUACCUCGGCCUGACCAACGCGUCCACCGACGGCCUCGCCGCCAACGGGUUCGUGGCCGUGGAGCUGGACACGGUGAAGCAGCCCUACGACCCCGACGACAACCACGUCGGGCUCGACCUCAACGGCGUCCGCUCCGUCUCCGCCGUCCCGCUCGCGCCCUACGGCAUCCAGCUCGCCCCCAACGACACUAGCAGCUCUGGCGACCAGAUGGUCUGGGUCGACUACAACGGCACCGCGCGGCACGUGCGGGUGUACAUGUCCGCGAACGGUUCCAGCGAUAAGCCGGCCACCGCCGUGCUCAACGCGUCGCUGGACCUCUCCGAGUACCUCCUCGGGAACGACGCCUACUUCGGCUUCUCGGCGUCCACCGGCGUGGGCUACCAGCUCAACUGCGUGCUCAUGUGGAACAUGACGGUGGAGGUGCUCCACGGCGCACGCGUCCCCAGCAAGAAGCUGUCGGGCUGGAAGCUCGGGCUGGCCAUCGGCGUGCCGUGCGCCGCCGGCCUAGCGCUCGGGCUGCUCGCGGGCCUCUACUUGAUGAAGAAGAGGAGGAAGGUCGGGGACGACCCGAGCUCGGUGCUCCACAACAACGCCAUUGACCUGAGGAGCAUCCCGGGCGUGCCCAAGGAGUUCGACUACAAGGAGCUGAGGAAAGGGACCGACGGCUUCGACGACAGGACGAAGCUGGGGCAGGGCGGGUACGGCGUGGUGUACCGCGCCACCGUGCCCGGGGAUGGCGGCCAGAGCAUGGAGGUGGCCGUGAAGCAGUUCACCGGUGCCAACACCCAGGGGCAGGAGGACUUCCUCGCCGAGCUCAGCAUCAUUAACCGCCUCCGCCACCGGAAUCUCGUCAAGCUCGUUGGAUGGUGCCACCAGGACGGCGUGCUGCUGCUGGUGUACGACUACAUGCCACACGGCAGCCUGGACAGGCACCUCUUCGGCGGCAAGGAUGCGCCGGCGCUGGACUGGAGGCAGCGCUACAACGUGGUCGCCGACGUGGCGUCGGCGCUGAACUACCUCCACCACGAGUUCGACCAGACGGUGAUCCACCGCGACAUCAAGCCGUCCAACAUCAUGCUGGACUCGUCGUUCCACGCGCGGCUCGGCGACUUCGGCCUGGCGCGCGCGCUCGAGUCCGACAAGACCUCCUACACGGACAAGGUCGGCGUGCCGGGCACGCUGGGGUACAUCGCGCCCGAGUGCUUCCACACGGGGCGGGCCACGCGAGAGUCCGACGUGUUCGGCUUCGGCGCCGUCAUCCUGGAGAUCGUCUGCGGCCGCCGCGUCUCCUGCAGCAACCCAGCCGGGUGCAGCCAGCUGCUGGAGUGGGUGUGGAGGCUCCACGGCGCGGGCCGUGUCCUGGAGGCCGUGGACCCGCGGCUCGCCGCCGGCGAGUACGACGAGGACGAGGCCGAGCGGCUGCUGCUGCUGGGGCUGGCGUGCAGCCACCCGAACCCGCGGCAGCGGCCCAAGGCGCAGGCCAUCUUGCAGAACCUGCAGACGCGGUCCGUGCCACCCCUCCUCGUGCCCGUGUCCAAGCCGGUGUUCAUGUGGCCUGUGCCGCUCGCCGACGGGGAGGAGGAAGAGGACGAGACGCAGACGUUCAUGUCGCGCAGCGGGGUCACUAGCUCCGACGUGUCCUCGUCGUCGAACUACCCCUACACGUGGUCGUCGGGGUAUACCACCCAGACCUUCCAGCUUAGCAGUGAGGUGCAGAACGCGGCGGGGAGGGACGUGUCCACCGUUUGACUGAGACGGGAUCGAGCUCACCAUGCAGCCGCCGACAGGACGCGUCAACGACGACGACGGUGGCGCACGUGCGCAAGUUGAGCCCGGGCCAGUCGGAUCUCACGCUUUCAUCAAGAGACAAAAGCCGGCCCAUGGAGCUCGUGGUGGCAACGUGACAAAAUAGAGUCGUCAACAAAGACUACAAAGUGCAUGCCAAAACGCGGAUAAAGGUUUUCCUUGUCAUAGAAGUUUUCCAUUGCAGCUUUGACCUUUCAGCGACUAGCGUAAUGGGGGUCCUUUUUCUACAGCUGUCGCUCGGUUUGCUUCUUGGAAGCCAUCGCAACAAAAGCCGCCCGACACAUCUCUGUGUUUGUCACUUCGUCGGGCAUUUUUACCUUUGGGUGACCUGUUUCUGUUUAUGUGCAGCAGCAAAAUUUUCAGAGUUUCAUGAUCCAGGGUCCUGUUGAUUUCGCAUGUCUGCAAUGCAGUAGUUAUGGUGGAGAUCCGAACAAGUAUAAAAAAAAUAUGAACCAAUAGUUAGAGCAA